CGUGACGUCAGCCUGGUGAUGCAUGUGGGGGGCGGGGCCUGCGCGCGCCUGAUGUAAACAGCUAGCAUGUCCGCGAGCCUCAGACCCAGCUGAUCUCUACCGGAGCCGGUGCCGGUCUGACUGCCAACCAAUCACAGCCCAGAGCCGAGUCGAACACUUCCUGUCAGCUGAGGAGGAGUUUUUAAGUGUUUCUGUAUUUUAUUUUGAAGUGAUGACGGGAGAGGUGAGGCUGGGCUUCCUGUUGUCCGGCAGGUAGACAGGUGUGUUUGUUUUGUGGCCCUUCAGCAGGCGGGCGGGGGGGUCAUGUUCCUCUAACGUCCUGACGAGCAGCCGCGUUUGAUGAAGGGCGCCACUUCCUGUUUGGUUUUAUUUUUACACCUGUUCGUGUAAAUAAAGUUUUUCUCUUCCUGAAUCGUCGAUCGGCUGAUCAGCUGAUCAUGGCGGAGUCCGGCUCGCCCCUGACCACCGAGCCCCCCCCGCCCUUCCCCACAGAGACCGUCUCUAAGGAACUCAUGGUUACCACGGCGACGGACAGGUCAGAGGUCACUCCAGACGUCCCGAAAGAAGAAGCUCCACCCCCGUCGCAAGCCCCGCCCCCGUCCACCACAGAAGAAGAGUCUCUGUCUGAGAGGGCAGCACCAGGUGUGGAUGUGGACCUGGAGGAGAGCUCCUCGGUGACGGCCGGCGGCUCAGACGAGCAGCGAGCGUCUACGGACUCGGCCUCCUUCUCCAUCCCCAGCCUGGAGCUGUCAGACGGGCCGACGGCGGCAGGAAACUCCCUGGACGUGGAGGACGGCCUGUCCUCGUCCUACUCCGCUCUGGGAGCGGAGGGCUGCUCCCCGUCCACGGACGUCCCCCGUCUGAAGGACGAGGAGCAGGGACACGCUGGGGGCGCUGCUGCUCCUCCUGCUCCUCCUGCUGCUCCUGCUGCUCCUCCUGCCGCUGCCUCCUCCACGGCGGCGGCGGCGGCCCCGGAGGCCGGGCCGUCCAUGCCAGCGUACUACCUGGUGAAGUGGAUCACCUGGAAGGAGAAGAAGACUCCCAUCAUCACUCAGAGUGAGAACGGACCCUGCCCCCUGCUGGCCAUCAUGAAUACACUGUUCCUACGCUGGAAGGCUAAACUUCCUGCUCAGACUGAAGUCGUCACCACUGAGGACCUGAUGGCUCACCUGGGAGAGUGUGUGUUAUCUGUUACACCUCGAGAGAAGACUGACGGCAUGGAGCUGAACUUUCAACAGAACAUGAGUGAUGUGAUGGCGGUCCUCCCGAAGCUCUCCACCGGUCUGGACGUUAAUGUUCGUUUUACCGGUGUUUCGGACUUUGAGUACACGCCUGAAUGCAUCGUGUUCGACCUGCUGGACAUCCCACUGUACCACGGCUGGCUGCUAGACCCUCAGAGUCCAGAGAUGGUGGCUUCUGUAGGGAAACUGAGCUACAACCAGCUGGUGGAGAAAAUCAUCGACUACAAACACUCAGCUGACAGCAGCCGAGUCAGUGAAGGUCUGGUGGCCGAGCAGUUCUUGGAGUCGACGGCGACGCAGCUGUCGUAUCACGGUCUGUGUGAACUGAACACAACGGCUAAAGAAGGAGAAAUCUCUGUGUUCUUCAGAAAUAACCACUUCAGUACCAUGAUCAAACACAAGGGUCACCUGUACCUGCUGGUGACGGAUCAGGGCUUCCUGCAGGAGGAGGGUUUGGUCUGGGAGUCUCUCCACAACGUCGAGGGAGACGGAAACUUCUGUGACUCAGAGUUUCGGCUGUGUCACCCCCCUCAGAGGGCCCCGCCCCCCUCCAGCCUGCCGCCCACCGUUCAGGACCAGCAGAGACAGAUCGACCAGGACUACCUGGUGGCAGUGUCCCUGCAGCAGCAGCAGGGCGGGGCCCCGGGGCCCCUCAGUGACCUGGAGUUGGCCCGGCAGCUCCAGCAGGAGGAAUACCAACAGCAGCAGCAGCAGCAGCAGCAGCAGCAGCAGGGCUCACAGCAGCAGCAGCAGCAGCAGCAGCAGCAAGGCUCACAGCAAGCAACACAGCAGGUCAGAGGUCAGGGGUCACAGCAGGGCGGAGCCAGGAGAAGAGACAAGGACUCAGACUGUGUCCUCUUAUAGACUCUUCAUCAUCAUCAUCAUCAUCCUCCUUAUCAUCUGUCUCUCUCACACACACACACACACACACACACACACACACACACACACACACACACAGAUGAAAGUCUGACAGUUUGACCAGAAGAGGAAGUCGAAUCUCUUCAGAUGAGGAAGUGGUUUGUUGUAUAAUGUCUGUGUAACAUAGUGGAGGAAGUACACACACACACACAUACACACACACACACACACACACACACACACACACACACACACACACACACAGUAACACA